AUGUAUCUUGGCACGGCCUCGGAGGACCCAUCUCAAGGCCUUGGCCCCCCGGCGUCCUCUCGGAACCGUCAGGCGACGCCCGCCAUCACCAAGGGCCGCCUCGAUACGCUGCGGACCCUCGUUGCACGCUGCUUCUCGCGCCGGCAGAGCGCGGCCAUCCCUCGACUGGAGUUGCUGGACAUGGUGAACGCCGAGCUGGCGCCCGGGGAGCCGAAGUUCGAAGAGCCGGAGCUGGACCAGGGGCUGGCCAAGCUGGAGGAGGCCAAUAAGGUCAUGAUCGACGACACCGGUGACGAGGUGAUCUACGUGGGCUGA